UGGGGGGAUGGGCUGGAGGUUUGGGACAGAAAUGCUAUAAAAUUGGGUUGUGAUGAUUGUUGUACAACUAUAAAUGUAAUAAAAUUCAUUGAAUUAAAAAAGAUCAUUUAUAUAAACUAUGAUUCAGUAUUCAUAAGAUGGGAUUAUUAUUUCCACUUUUUGUUUAACAGAUGCUACAACUAAGAUUCAGAGAGGUCAGGUAUUUUCUCUGAGUCACACAGCUAAACAAGUGCCUGGGCUCUCCUAUUGAAGCCUGAAGCCCUUGCUUUUGCUUCCCCUCCCCACACUCCAGAAUUCUUCUCUCCAUGUAACUCCCAGAGAUCAGAUUCUGAUAGGCCCCUAAGGAAUUCCUGUUAGGGUUGACAUCCCUACACCCCCACCCCCUCCCCCUCCCAAUGAAAUCUUUUUUCUGCGGAGGGCUGGCCUGGAGCCAGCUGAUGCCAGAACGUCCACUCCAGGGCUUUCUCUGAAAUCUGUCGCUGUCGUUACCUCCAGUAGAAUCUGUUUCAGGAAGAGGUUUGUCUGACUGCGAGGGACAGCGGUGCCAUUCAUCACAGCAGGAGGGCAGAAUCCGGGGCUGGGGGCCACAAGUCCAGGGGGAGGGGCCAGGGGGCGGCCCUCUUGUGACCAGCCCUGAGGAGAGGUCAGGAGAGAAGGCUGGCUGAGGAGCGCCUAGAUAGCAGCAGCUGCUGACGUUUUGUAUCUUGCGUCUGGGGGCUAAGGUUACUCAGACCUUUUAACAAACCACGGGGCUGGGAUCCUUGCAGACAUGCGGAUGAGAAGAGGUAGGGACUUAGGGGGUCAAGCACUGAAGGCGCGGGCAGUGAACGCGUGGAGGGCGUGAGAUGGAGUCUGAAUUCUCGGAAGAAUUAUAAGGAAGAAGAGUGCUAACGCAAGAAAAGAGGUGUGAGAGGGAACACAAGCGCGUAGGAGCUUGAGAAGGCGAAAGAGCUUGGCUGACCAGAAGAUCCUGCGCUUGGAAGUAGGGGCAAAGUGUGGAACACACCCAGCCCCGGAAGCAUAGUCGCAACUUGAUUCCAGACGCCUCUCUCCUCUGGCCGGGUGGUGAGCUGAUGGCCCAAGUUCGAGAAGCUUCCUUGCCAUUAGGCUCUUUAGUCCGCUGUAGCUCCGGAGAUGGGAGAGGAGCCUCACCAGAAGAGGGGGCUGAAAAGGCGGGGGAAAUGGAAGAGGAGGAGCUGGGGGCUGCAAAGGCGUAUUCCGGCCCGGGAGCUGUUGAAAUGAAGCUGGAGCCAUCACAAGAACAUAAGCCAGCACCUGAGGAGAACUUCACAUGGAGCGGCAGCUGCAGCGACGAGAAGGUGCUCCCUUCAAACCCCCUUCGUUGUUACAGCAGCUCCUUGACCCUCUGCCCUCGCCGCAAGCCCCGCCCUCGGCCCCAGCCGGGGACCCACUUCCUAGGCCCGCCCAGGUCCUGGGCCCCACCCCCGCCUCCAUCCCGUCCUCCCCCUCCUCCGCCACCCAGGCCUAGGCCCUCUCCCAGGCCUUGGCGCAGAUCUCAGCGUAGAUCCGGGCCCAGGUACAGGCCCCAGACUCCGCGAAGCUGUUCCAGUGACCUAGGCGGCUCUGGGGAUCCAGAUAGCUUAGGGGACUGGUUGCUGGAGGUGGAGUUUGAUCAGCAGGGUCCCACAGGCUGUUCUCAUGUGGAGAGCUUUAAAGUAGCUAAGAAUUGGCAGAAGAACCUACGGUUGAUCUACCAGCGUUUCAUUUGGAGUGGGACCCCGGAGACUAGGAAACGUAAGGCAAAAUCGUGCAUCUGUCAUGUAUGUAGCACCCAUAUGAACAGACUCCACUCUUGUCUCUCCUGUGUCUUUUUUGGCUGUUUUACUGAGAAACAUAUUCACAAACAUGCAGAAACCAAACAGCACAAUUUAGCUGUAGACGUCUAUCAUGGGGUUAUAUAUUGCUUUAUAUGUAAAGAUUAUGUAUAUGACAAAGAUAUAGAACAGAUUGCCAAAGAAACAAAAGAUAAAGUUUCGAAAUUAUUAACUUCCACCUCAUCAGAUGUCUCUCAACAACAGUGUAUGACAUCGGGUGUUGAAGAGAAGCAAUUAACUUGUGAAUCAAAAGAACAGGAGCCAAAAUUGGUGAAACCCAAGAAAAAGAGGAGAAAAAAGUCAGUCUAUACUGUAGGCCUGAGAGGGUUAAUCAAUCUUGGGAACACCUGUUUUAUGAAUUGUAUUGUCCAGGCACUUACCCAUAUUCCUCUACUGAAAGAUUUCUUCCUCUCUGACAAGCACAAAUGUAUAAUGACAAGCCCCAGCUUGUGUCUUGUCUGUGAAAUGUCUUCACUUUUUCACGCUAUGUACUCUGGGAACCGAACGCCUCACAUUCCCUAUAAGUUACUGCACCUGAUAUGGAUUCAUGCAGAACACUUAGCAGGGUAUAGGCAGCAGGAUGCCCAUGAGUUCCUCAUUGCAAUAUUAGAUGUGUUGCAUAGACACAGCAAAGAAGAUAGUGUUGGGCAGGAGGCCAGUAACCCCAAUUGCUGUAACUGCAUCAUAGACCACAUCUUUACAGGUGGCUUGCAGUCAGAUGUCACAUGUCAGGUUUGCCAUACCGUCUCCACUACAAUAGAUCCAUGCUGGGACAUCAGUUUGGACUUGCCUGGCUCUUGUGCCACAUUCAGUUGCCAGAAUCCAGAGAGGGCUGAUGGCACAGUGAGUAGGGAUGAGCGCAUACCAGGAAACCCCUCACUCACAGACUGCUUACAGUGGUUUACAAGGCGAGAACAUCUAGGGAGCAGUGCCAAAAUCAAAUGCAGUAGUUGCCAAAGCUACCAGGAAUCUACCAAACAGCUCACCAUGAAGAAAUUACCCAUUGUGGCCUGUUUUCAUAUCAAGCGAUUUGAACAUGUAGGCAAACAGAGGCGAAAGAUUAAUACUUUUAUCUCCUUUCCCUUGGAACUGGACAUGACUCCAUUUUUGUCUUCUACUAAAGAAAGCAAAAUGAAAGAAAGGCAGCCACAAACAGAUUAUGCACCCAUUGAGAAUAAGUAUUCCUUAUUCGCAGUGAUUAAUCACCAUGGAACUUUGGAAAGUGGACACUACACCAGCUUUAUCCGGCAACAAAAGGACCAGUGGUUCAGCUGUGAUGAUGCUGUCAUCACAAAGGCUACCAUUGAGGACCUUCUCUACAGUGAAGGGUAUUUACUCUUCUAUCACAAACAGGGUCUAGAGAAAGACUAGUCUUACCAGACCACUUACCAGAAAAAAAGUAAAAGAAAUUAGCAGACAAGGAUUGAAUGCUAAAAUGACACAAAAACCUACCUGGAAUGGACAAUGACAAUACCUGUACAAUAAAGAACACCUCUUGAAGUAUCACAAAAACCUACCUGGAAUGGACAAUGACAACAUCCCCUACAUGACAAUUAUCAUCUUGAUAUAAGGAACCUAUGGGUCUGUAAGAGGAAAGAAAAAAAGAAUACGAACUAGUGACCAUUCAACCUUAAAUGGGAGGAGGGAGAAGAGGCUGAAAAUGGUCACAUAAAGCAUAAUUAAAUGAAAGGAAUAUUUUAAGUGGGGAGAGUGGGGAUAGAGAUGUUCUGGCACUACUAUAUGUCAUUUGUCUCUAUGAAAAUACUGUGGGAAGUCAGGUACUAUUCCUUCCUCAGCAAAAUGCUUCACAAUUGGUGUUCCAUCUGUGGCCGACCAGUCAAAUAGUUAAAUAAAAUAAUAUUUUAAAAGAAAUUUUCAAAAACUUUAAAAGAAAAACAUUUACUUUAAAAGAAAAAUAUUUUUAAAUGUUGAAAAA